AAUCAAGUCAGAAAGAAAGAAAAACAAGUAUAAUUAUACAAAAUUCACUUAUCUCAACUUAAAUCUAUAUAAAAAACUCAAAACAUUAAACGUUAAUACUUUUUAUGAACAAACAAAAAAAAAUAGUACUCUUUACAUUCAGAGCAAAUAACAAAGUUAGAAAAUUAUUUUGGUUGCAUAAAAAAUGAGUGAUUAUGGAAUUUUUCCAUUGAUUUGUAGAUACAAAAAUGUUAUUAUACUUGCAUUGGCUCCAUUGGUUUUUUGUCCAUUACCUAUAUUAUCUAAUACAAUGGCUAGUCACACUGCUUACAUAAUUCUUGUAAUGGCUACUUUUUGGAUUACAGAAGUUACAUCGCUUGCAGUGACAUCUUUGCUUCCAUUGAUAUUACUUCCACUAUUUGGAAUUGUGAAGGCAAGUGUGGUUUGUUUAGAAUAUAUGAGAGACACAAAUGUACUUUUGUUGGGUGGUUUACUUAUUGCUGUUGCUAUUGAAGAAUGGAAUGUUCACAAAAGAGUUGCACUUAAAAUUUUACUAUUUGUUGGAGCCCAACCACGAAGACUUAUGCUAGGGUUUAUGAUUGUUACUGCAUUUAUAUCAAUGUGGAUUACCAAUACUGCUACAACAGCAAUGAUGACACCUAUAAUGGAAGCUGUCCUUAAAGAGCUAGACAAGUAUAACUCAACUGAAAGUGUUAAUUUAGAAUCUAGUAAAGAUUUUUAUAAUCAUGCAGUGAUACCAAAUAAUGAAUUAAAAUCUGCUGAGCCUUAUGAAACUAAAGAACUACUAACUUCUAAUUCUAACAGAAAUAAUAUGAGAGAUCAUGAAAUUGAGACAGGAAAUGAGAUGACACAAUCACAAAUAACAAUAAGAGAAGCAAGCACCAGUAAGAUUUUUGAAGUUGAUAAUAUAAAGAAAAGAAAACAUAAACAACUAUGUAAAGCAAUGAUGUUGUGCAUUUGCUAUGCUGCAAAUAUUGGAGGUAUAGGAACAUUAACAGGAUCAGCACCUCAACUUGUGUUAAAAGGCCAGAUGGAACAAAUUUUCCCAAAAGCUCCAGCAAUAUCUUUUAUUUACUGGUUUGUUCAUGCAUUCCCUCUAAUGCUUGUCUUUUUGGUUAUUUCUUGGAUUUAUCUUCAAGCUGUAUUUAUUGGAAUAAGAUGGAAGCAUUUAAGUUGCUUUUAUCGUGGUUGCAAAGAAAGCUCAAUAAAAGGAAAAGAACUUUAUUUAGUAAUGAAACAGCAGUAUGAUGCUCUAGGACCAGUAAGUUUUGCAGAAAUAGAAGUGAUGCUGAGUUUUUUACUUCUUGUGGUUUUGUGGUUUUUCAGAGAACCAUCUAUUUUUCCUGGAUGGGGAAGUUUUUUCAAAUUUCAAUAUGUAACUGAUGGUACUCCAGCUGUUUUGGUUGGCUUCUUGCUAUUUCAGCUUCCUUCAAAAGCUCCAAAUAAACCAAAGCGACUUUUGAGCUGGCCACGUGUACAAAAGGUUUUCCCAUGGGAUGUUUUAUUUUUACUUGGGGCUGGUUUUGCUUUGGCAAAAGCAUGCGAGGAUUCUAAGCUUUCUUUAUGGUUAAGUUGUCAACUCGUUGGUUUAAAAGUAUUGUCACCUUUUUUAAUUGUACUUAUUAUUUCUGCUAUGGUUACCUUUUUAACAGAAAUAACAUCUAAUACUGCUACUGCUGCUAUUUUACUUCCGGUGCUUGCAUCAUUGGCGCAAAGUGUUCAUGUUCACCCUCUUUAUCUGAUGCUGCCAACUACAAUAUGUGUUUCUUUUGCAUUCAUGUUACCUGUAGCUACACCACCAAAUGCUAUUGUAUUUGGGACUGGGCGCAUCAUGGUCAAAGAUAUGGCUUUGGCUGGUUUUGGAAUGAACAUACUUGGAAUAUUGCUUAUUACUUUAUCUAUUAACACUUGGGGAUAUUCAUACUACGACCUAAAAAAUUACCCGACAUGGGCUAAUUCUAUAAAAUCCAAUUCAUCUGUUCGGUGCGUAUGAAAUCUGCUAUAUCUCUUAAGUAAUUAAAGUAUUUAUGUUUUUUUGUAAAAAAUAUUGUUUAUAUUUUUGAAUAUUAUCAGAGAGUUUAUACAGUUGUACAAAUCUAUUUGUAAUAUAUUUCAUAACAAGUUUUGCAAUUUUAUAGUUUUGUGAUAAACAGUUUGUACUUUCUGGUCUUUUACAAUGUUUUGACUAACUUUUAAUUUAUGAAUAUAUUAAAUUCAUGUGCAGGUGUGUCGCCAUUAAUUUGUAAUAUGCUUUUACUACAGAAAAUUGUAGUUUAAUAAAUUAAGGCUUUAAAUCAGGAUUUUGAUUUUGUUUAGGUAUUUGUAAAUUUUUACAUUUCACUAGUUUUUACCUCAUUGUGCUUGACUACAGUAGACUUAAAGUCUGUUUUUCGAACAAUUUAAUUUUUACAAUCCUUUUUUCUAUUUGAUAUUAAUGGCGAUGCUUUUGUUUUGAAUCUUUGUUACAAGAAAUAUAUAUUUUAUAAUUAAUAAUAUAGAUCUAUAUUUUAUAAUUAUUACUAACUUUUUCUAUAUUUUUUUGCUUUCGUCCCACGAAAAUUUUGAUUAAUAUCUAAAAUGGAAACUAUUUUUAUAAGUUUUUUAUAUUUAAGUUUUGUAGAAUUAACAAAAAGUACCAGAACGAUAAGAAUUCCUUUUGACUAAAUGCAAUCAACAAUUUUUUAAUUAUUUUUUUAUAUGGAUUUACUCGUUACUUGUAAAAAGUGUACGAUUCAACGUAAGAAUUUUUUUAUUGUUCUUACCUCAUUUUUCGGAAUCAUAGAUUAUCAUAAUUCUGUUUUUUUAUUGGGACAUUCUUUUUAAUUUUUUUAACGAUUUCUUUUUGAACUAUGUAGUUUAUAUUAUUUUUUUAAAAAUAUUUUUUAACGUUUUUAAAUUUUUUUUUUUUUGUCGAAAAAAAUGUUAU